GGAGUGAGGGAGGCUGAGCCAGCCUGCAUUAGCUCAGCUCUCAGGCACUCUCAGUCUCUGCUGGAAAGAGGAGCUGGGAGGAUGUGCGCUCUGUUACCGCGGCUCCCCACGGCACACCGAGAAGACCGAGAGAAAUAAGGGAAGAAAGGCGAACCGAGAGACGGGGAGUCCUCCCAGAUCAAGCUGAGGGACCACGAGGGGAUAGGGAGCCUGCUUAUCGCCCGUCCGAAGCCCCCGCGCCGUUUUGGAAGUGCCAGAGAUUUGGGCCUUUUCCUUUUCUUCUGCGUUGUUCCCUUCCACAGACCAAGCUUUCUUCCUCCUCCUGCUUUUUACUUUCCUCCCCCGCGCCUUCCUUUCGGUGGAUAUGGACAGCAGGGUGAUUACUGCAGAGAAGCAGCAGCCGCCAGAACAUAUUUGAGCCCCUGGUUCUCGGAGCGUGGCACAGACUUUUUGUAUUUCUGUGGGUGGCGUGUGUGUGUGUGAGUGAGCGUGUGUGGUGGAGGUGUGGGAGGCGGGAUUGGUUUGCCUGGGGGGUUGGCUGAGGGGGUGAGUGCUCGGAUGAAGACCUCUUUUUGGCGUGACUCUGUGCUCCAUCGGGGCAGCUUGGAGACUUGGAGGUUUUGAAAUUGUAACGAAUCAAGAGAAAAGAAAGAAGAGAGACACGCAUACAAAAGGAUUUAUUUCCUAUUCGUUAGUGGAUUGUUAAACCUCAGUGGGAAGGAGAAAAAAACAAGGGUGGGUUGUUUUAUUUUGUUCAUAAUUUUUUUUCUUAAAAAAAUCCCUUAAGUGGAUUUGUACCAGGGUGGAAGAUAACUGGGGAUUUUUGUUGUUUGUUUUGGGAAUAGAAACUAAAAAAUGGAGACUGUAAGUAGAAGCAGCUUCCAGCCUCAUCCAGGACUGCAGAAGACCUUGGAACAGUUUCAUCUGAGCUCUAUGAGCUCCCUGGGUGGCCCUGCUGCUUUCUCAGCACGAUGGGCACAGGAGAUGUACAAGAAAGACAAUGGCAAAGACCCAGCAGAACCUGUACUGCAUCUGCCCCCUAUCCAGCCUCCUCCGGUAAUGCCUGGUCCCUUCUUCAUGCCCUCGGACAGAUCCACAGAGAGGUGCGAGACCAUCCUGGAAGGGGAAACCAUCUCCUGCUUCGUGGUGGGUGGAGAAAAGCGGCUUUGCUUGCCCCAGAUCCUGAACUCGGUGCUCAGGGACUUCUCCCUGCAGCAGAUUAAUUCGGUGUGUGAUGAGCUACACAUUUACUGCUCCAGAUGCACUGCUGACCAGCUGGAAAUCCUCAAAGUCAUGGGCAUCCUGCCCUUCUCCGCUCCUUCCUGCGGGCUCAUCACUAAAACUGAUGCUGAGAGGCUUUGUAAUGCCUUGCUUUAUGGUGGCACCUAUCCUCCCCACUGCAAGAAGGAAUUCUCUAGCACAAUUGAGCUGGAGCUUACAGAGAAGAGCUUCAAGGUGUAUCAUGAGUGCUUUGGGAAAUGUAAGGGACUCUUGGUGCCAGAGCUUUACAGUAACCCCAGCGCAGCCUGCAUCCAGUGCUUGGACUGCAGGCUUAUGUACCCACCUCACAAAUUUGUGGUCCACUCUCACAAAUCUCUGGAAAACAGGACUUGCCACUGGGGCUUUGACUCUGCAAACUGGAGAUCCUAUAUCCUCCUCAGCCAGGAUUACACUGGGAAAGAGGAGAAAGCUAGACUGGGCCAGCUCUUAGAUGAAAUGAAAGAAAAAUUUGACUAUAACAACAAAUACAAGAGGAAAGCCCCCAGGGGCAUGCUUCGUUUGGGAAGCAAAAUUAAGAAAUCUCCACGUUCGUGCUCCAGAAAGGUCCCUUCAGAUCCUCCUGCUUCCAAAAAGCCCAAAAUAGAUGACUCUGCUUCCCAAUCUCCAGCUUCUACUGAGAAGGAAAAGCAGUCCAGUUGGUUACGGUCCUUAUCCAGUUCGUCUAAUAAGAGUAUUGGCUGUGUCCACCCCCGUCAGCGUCUCUCAGCUUUCCGGCCCUGGUCCCCUGCUGUAUCGGCAAAUGAGAAAGAGCUCUCCACCCAUCUUCCCGCAUUGAUCCGCGACAGUUUUUACUCGUACAAAAGCUUUGAGAAUGCCGUGGCCCCCAAUGUGGCACUUGCACCUCCAGCCCAACAGAAAAUUGUCAGCACCCCCCCCUGUGCCACAGUGGUAUCGCGGAGCAGCGAGUCGCUGAGCAGCACAGUCCAGCCACGGAAAAGAAAACUCGCUGCGGAGAACCCAGUUAUCCCAGAGGCAGCAGCCACUGUUGCGGCCACCGUUACUGCCACUGAAGAGGAUAAGGAAUCAGAAGCAGAAAUUGAAGUAGAAACCAGGGAAGAAUUCACCUCCUCCUUAUCCUCGCUCUCCUCCCCAUCCUUCACUUCAUCCAGCUCCGCAAAGGACAUGAGCUCGCCUGGGAUGCAAGCCCCAGCCCCAGUCAGCAGUUCAUACGAGGUUGCACCACAUUCCGACUCUCACAGCAGCGGGUUGGAAGCCGAGCUGGAGCACCUAAGGCAGGCCCUGGACAGUGGCCUGGAUACAAAAGAAGCCAAAGAAAAAUUCCUCCAUGAAGUUGUUAAAAUGAGAGUGAAGCAGGAAGAGAAGCUGAACGCUGCCUUGCAAGCCAAACGCAGCCUACAUCAGGAGCUGGAGUUCCUCAGAGUGGCUAAGAAAGAGAAACUGAGAGAAGCAACGGAGGCGAAGCGCAACUUACGGAAAGAGAUUGAACGUCUGAGAGCUGAGAAUGAGAAGAAAAUGAAGGAAGCCAAUGAGUCUCGGAUACGACUGAAGAGGGAACUGGAACAAGCCAGGCAGAUCCGGGUGUGCGACAAGGGCUGUGAGGCGGGCAGGCUCCGGGCCAAGUACUCAGCCCAGAUUGAGGAUCUGCAGGUUAAGCUUCAGCACGCGGAGGCUGACAGGGAGCAGCUCCGAGCUGACCUGAUGCAUGAAAGAGAGGCUCGGGAACACUUGGAAAAAGUAGUCAAGGAACUUCAGGAACAACUGUGGCCUAAAUCCAGCAGCCAGCCCAGCAGCGAGAGCACAGCGAGCAGCCUCGAGAACUGAGCAGCCACCGCAGCGUCUGACACACCUUCAGAACGAGAGUGUGCACAGUAAGGGAGGAGGGGUGGGGACGCGUGUAAGUGCAUGUGUGAGUAGUUGUGUCUUGGCACACAGAUCUCUGAAUAUGGAUUCUUAUUAGUCGGAAGGCAAAUGUUACUCUUUAUAACAGAAGCACUGAAUUACGCCUCUUUUUUUUCCAAUCCAUAUAGCACAACAUCUUACUGUGCCUAUAAAACACAAAGUGUUUAUAAACAAAAUACUUUUAAGUCCACAGCAAAUUUUCUACCGGCAAACUCCAAGCAAGCAGCAUCGUCCAACUAAAAUCAGCGUAAAAGGCGAGCAUGGCAGUGUUUUUGUGUUGCCCUUCUGCCUGUUGGAACAUUUUGGAAUUCAAAAAUAAACAAACUUUUCUUAUAAGCUAUUUAAAAGAAUUCAUUACACAGACUUGGUAUUAAAAAAUUAACAAGAUUUUUAUAAUGAACCUUUAAAAGCAAAACAAAAAAAAAUCUUCGAUGCACAAUUUUUAAUGACUUGUUACAGGCUUUGGGAUUCUUAACGUAGAAGCCCUCUGGUGAUGAUGCCAUUUCAUUAGCAGUUUUCCAGCCAUCUAGGAAGCCAUCGCAGUUUUAAUCCCGUCACGUGGUUGUAUGAGAAUUUCAGAGUGCUUUUCAAAGUUGAUUUUUUCCUUAGAAAGAAUUCUCUUCAUUUCCUGGCCUGAACACAAGACGAAAGGAAGACGCGGGACUGUAAAGGGGUGGGUGGGAGCGGGGAUGGGAAGAGAAGACGUUACAGAGCAGCCUUACAGACUUCGGCCUGUGCAGACAGACCACGCCAGCUCUUCCGAAGACGUCUUCGUUAAUCGCUGUGUUCAAAAGACUCACUUCAUCCAAGAGCACUUCAGCUUUAGGAAAAGAAAGAAGGAAAUAAAGGAAGGAAAUUCAUGAUCUGUUAAGUCAGUUGAGAAAUAAAGCAGAAGACAUACGCGUUUUGAAGUCAUUCUGAAAUCUUUACUUCAGCUUUGUGUUUUCUGGAAAACUCAUCUUUGUUGCACCAUCUUCCCAUAAAUUCAGUAUUUACCUGCUUUUAUUAUGAACUGUCAGUCAGGAUUUCUGUGCCCAAGGAGAGUGCAACAUCACAUUGUCGGAUACUACAGAAAAGAAAACCAACAUUUUUGCUGCUGUGAAUAAGCCUACAUCUUUUUUAAAAAAAAACUUUUUUGUUUUUAAAAAAAGAAAUUACUUUAAUUUUGGGAUCCAAGCCGCAGCCCCGGAAUAAAAAUGCAGCAUGCCAUCACUUUGUCUUGUUGUUGGUGUUAUUGUUGUUGUUGUUGUUUUGUUUUGUUUUGUUUUUUAAAAACUGCACUUUGUCAGAAUCUUACUCUGCAUUUUAUUCCAUAUUUCUAAAGUUUACAAGUUGAGCAUUCUAGAUUCUACCCUGCCUAGCAGAUGGGAAAAUCGUCAACCUGGUUUUCCACCGUGUGACACCUUGCAUCAGCAUUUGCGUUUAUGCAAAAUGAGGAUUCCGCAGGUAUAGAAUGCCACCAACUCUGGAUUUGCCAGACCAGUGCGCUGCUGGUUGAGUCUGACACCGGUUUGGCGUGGCUUUGUAUCCCCCGGAGCUGGGAAGCAGCAGAGAUGCUCCCGCAAGUGCUCGACAAAUAAAGUUGGUGCUUUACUGAACAAGAGAAAAGUGAUUUUCACCCGUAAACACUCACCUCUGACACACUCACGCUUAUCAGCAUGAAGUGAAAAUUUGAUCUGGGGCUGCAGACGUGCCUUCCAGCUCAUUUUUCCUCUCAGCAUCUUAUAUAGGCAAUGCUGACACUUUUUUUACCUUAAAGAAUAAAAAGAAAAAAAAAAAAGAAAACCCUAUGCAUCAUCAUACACAGAAGUUAUUCUAAACGAAGAAACGUAUUUCCAGUAAUCUUUAUUUGCUUUUGGACAUUAAUGCAAACUACAUAAGCUUAAAAAUUAUUUCCCAGUAGACAGAAAGCGGCUUCCAAUCCUAAAAUUACAGUAUUUACUUACAGUACAUUAGAGAGAUUAUUUUUUUUUUUAAACAAGAGCUGUUUGCUUGAAACCAUUAUAAUAACCAUUAUAAUAACUGUGAGCAUUAACAAAGAAGUUCAUAUAUACGUUUUAGGUACAAAAAGAAGAAAUAUGAAAGGAGUAGAAUUACUGGGACAAUGUCAAACUGUUGGGAGCAAGAACCAGUUGUACCAAGUCAAUCAGAGGAAAGUGGCCGUUUCUGCAGGGCCGUGCCCCUGUGUGUUUGGGAUGCUGGAGACCGAGUCCAGAGGCAGAUCUCCUCUUCUAAAGUGCAAUGCAAAAGGAAUUUUGAUUAUGCUUAAGCAGGUUUUUUUAAUGUGUUUUUUUUUCUUCUUUGUAUGUUUUUUUCUGCAAUUAUUAAAUCAUAUGCAUGGAAUUAAAAUCUCUGCCAUACGUAUAUUCAUUAAUGGGCAUUAUUACUGUCUUAUGUAAAGGGUUUAUUUUGUUAUGCAGUAUGCAUAAAAAUGUUCUCAGCCUUAUGAUUUCCAGAUCUGUAUUAUUCACUUAUUUCUUCAAGGGAAACUAAAUAAUUUUAGCUUCAGUUGAUCAUUGUGCAUUUCAAGUGUCUCAUGUGCUGUGCUGCCACGUCAAGAAAUUACACAUAGAACAACCCUAUUCCCACCCCCACUGCCAGCUUCUUUGAAGCCUUACUUUUGAAAUUUUGUUUGUUUGGGUUUUUUUCUCUGCUCUUUGAUUGUGCCCAUCCCCUUAUGACUCAGCAAAAACCGGCACCAUGCGGAGCUCUGGUUUUUCACAGGAAAAGUGUCCCACUUACCUGUGGCACACGACCUGGUUUUUCUUUCCUGUGUGCCCUGGGAAGCACGCGCGUUCGCUGGCACAGUGGCUUCUGUGCGUAUGAUGCUUUUAUCCUCCAAAAUUCAUGAAAUCUGCAUUUUUUUCCAAAGGAAAAAAAAUAGAACAGAAAAUAGUCUUAUCGAUAGUAGAUAGUCGUGUCAAACACCCAGCAUCACCUCUGCUUCAUGCGUAAAUGGGGUAACAUUUGCAAGAAAGAAGCCUCCAAAAUGGAAUCACAACUAUUGUCACAGCGCCGUGGUUUCUUCUUUUGCUGGGCACUACGGUCGUUCUAUAAAGCGUAAUAUACGGCAAAUGAACUUCACAAUGGUCGAGGUUAAGACUCAAUAGUAUUUGAUCACGGGAGUGAAAACAUCCCAAUAAAAAUGGUUCUGUCAAUUAAGGUUUUAAAUCAGGACGAAUAAAGAAGGUGCAAGAAGACUGGGAAAAAGGUUCUACACCAGCCGUUAAUCAAUGGGAGAGGUUUAAAGGAUAGGAGUCUAUCUUAAAUAAUUUUGUCUUUCCUAAAUACGCUUUAACAAUAAAAUAUGAAAUAUUUCUGCAGAGUAUAUAAUUUGUUUCUAAUUCAGCAUUCCUGUGCAUGUAAUUAAUUUUAAAAUUGCCAGAAGACAGACACAGAGACACUAAGUUUAGAAAAGGGCUGUCAAAACUGUGGGAAUCUUCAGAGAAAAAAAAUGUUAGUGAAGGUGCUCGAGGUGUGGGAGUUCUGUGUGUAAUUUCUGUGUCUGCAACACCUGAAACAAUCCGUAGUGGCCCCGUCAGGCGGAAUUGCUUUUGUUUCGACUUACUGUGGAGUCCCUGCUGCAUUCCAGUCGCACUCCGGCCCGUGAGUGUAGGAAUUACAGAGUCACAUCUUCUCAUUUCAUCUGCUCUUUAGUUUCC